AUGCGCUUUGCGACAACGGAAGUCUGGCAGACCGACCAGCGAGCCUUGGCCCCCAGGGCCCCACCACAUCACACUGUUCCCACCUUUCACGUGAAAAACGUGACUUGGGGGCCUGAGGUUGCAAGCGAGGCACCAAUUCUCCGCCAGCGCAAGGAAACCUAUAUCCGCAAGCUGGAGGAAGAGAACAAGAGCACCGAUCCCCUCAAAGACCAAAAGCGCAAGCUCAACUUCCUUAUCUCACAAACCGAGCUGUACUCCUACUUCAUCGGGCGCAAGAUCAAGACCGACGAAGCUCAAGGGUCUUCUGAUAUAUUUGGGUGUCCGCCUUAUGCCACUUGGGUGCAGUCUGGCCACUCAUUCGAAAAGCUGAAGACGAUAGCGAUCCACCAAAGUCACGUUAAAGGUAUCACCUUCGAUCCAGCAAACAAAUAUUUCGCGACGGCCAGCGAAACAUCGCUCGCCCGCCAAGUUUUCAUUGAACUCGACACCCUGGAUAGUACGUCGUCCGUCAUUCGUGAGGUCGUGGAUGUGGCACAGCUGUACUGUGUAGAGCACGGGAUCAAGAACAAACCAGGUCUUGAAACAAUGCUUCGAAACAUGAACCUGCCGACUUCUGACCUGCACAAUGCGGGUAAUGAUGCAAGCUGCACCCUGCGGGUUCUCGUGCGAUUCAUGCUCAAAGUUGCUGGCGAGAAAGCGGAUGUGGAUCCGAAGCAUCAGACUGGCAACGAGAAGGACAAAGAUGAGUCCGGGGUCUCUUACUGUUUUAACAUUUCCGUACAUACCGGGAGGAUCGCUGCCUGGUGUACGGACGAAUGUACAUAG